AUGUUCUGCAACUCAAUUUUUGCCCUUGCUAUGGCCGCAUCAGCUCUCGCUACGCCCGUCAUGACCAAACGCGCCCUCUUCGACUGCAAUGUAGCAUACACAGGCUGCAUUGCCAACCCAUACUUGGACGAAAGCUAUUGCAACGACACCCGCAACAGCUGCGAAGCAUGCUGGCAGACCGAGCAAUCCUGCAGAGUCACUGCAGACUACACCAAGGGCACCCAAUGCACUGUAGAUGCUCAGCUUUGCUUCCACUCAACCGAGAACCCAAGCUCCGUCUAUGGUGCUUACAGCUGUGAUGCCGCUUACAGCACCUGCAUCUAUGCUCCCAAUACCAACUCCGCUUUCUGCUCGGUUCAACUUGAUGUCUGCAGGACUUGCGAGACUCAGGAAAAUCAGUGCCGCAGUGCUCCUGGUGCAGACCAAGCAUUCUGCUCCUCGCAGUCAGCUGGCUGCUUUAGAGACGUUGUCACUUCCAACGGCACUUAUCCCAGUUAGAUGGUCGUCUGUUACGUAUGUCUGGAGGGUUGAGAGGAAAGACUGAAGGAG